UAAUAAUUUUAUUAAUAAUUUCAUUGACUUCUGUUUACAUAUCAUGUAAUACAGAAACAUUCAAAAAAGUUAUACAUAUAUGUUAGAAUGCACACAUACAUAUUAGGAUAUGCAGCAUAUGCAAUUAUAAAAUUAUUUCUGUUCUGAAUCUUGUAAAUUGUCUGAAAUGGAUUUUAAAAACGAUAAAGAAAUAAGAUAAAGGCACGUGGGGUAUUAAAUUGAUUAUGUUACUAAGAUCUAGAAUUAUUCCAUUUUAUACAUACAUCACUUUGUAAUCGAAAUCGUGCUUGUCUUUUGAAAAAACAAGGGACAGUCUUUCGCGAUAUAAAUGUCAACAUGACAACUGUCUUGGACAAAAUUACCGGCCGUGAUCGAUAAAACUAAUUAAUAAUAAAUUGUCAAGUAACUAAUUUUCAAAACAAUUAUUAAUGCUAUCGUAACAUAAAACUGAAAUGGGAAACGCCAGCUCUACGCAGCCUUCUAAGACUCAAAAAGAUCAUAAGAAGGAAAGUCACGGCUGCGCAGAUACUAGAAAAGACAGACGUCCCGCGAAUGGAAAUGGCAAAACAGUCGGUCAAAGUUCACGAGACUGGCAUAACGUCCGAGCGACGAAUCCUUUCAUCAUCUUCUUCCUGCGAUUGCGUAGCAAAAAACCGAAAGAGCAUGUCACCGUGAUAGCGCGAGCUGCGGGCAAGCUGUGGGCCCGAAUGACUCCCGAACAGAGGAAGAAGUAUGUAGAUCUCGCCAACACAGAGAAAAAACGACGCCAGGAGAGCAAACGGAAGAGGAAGCGUUUGUCCACACGUUCGAGGAUGAAAUAGUGAAGCUUUUAGAGAUUCGAGCUCAUGCUGGGAUGGAAAUCUACGCGCGAUACAUGUUGUGACAGUGAUGUAAUAUCUGGAAACGAUCAAAAUACAGUUAUAUAUUUUUGA